AUGGAGCUCUACAAGAAGUUUAGUGAGAAUACGACCAUGCAUGGUCUUGGGCGAGUCUUUGCCAGUCGAAAUCCUUGCAAGCGAGUUGUUUGGUUAGUGAUGGUAGUGAGUGUUUUGACCAUCGCCAUUUUUCAGUUAGUGGAUCUAGUCAGCGACUUCUACACCUAUCCUGUGACAACUUUAGUCAAGAUAAAACACGAAACAAAAGCCACAUUUCCUGCAAUCACCAUCUGUAAUGUCAACAGGAAAAAAAGAUCCGUCACGCCAGAAUUUGAGGAACCUAUUGAAUUCUGGGAGGUAAGUGGUUUUGAAUCUUACGAACAUGAAGCAGCAGUAAAUGCGAUGAUGAAGAUGUUAUCGAUGUCUGACGAAGACAGUUCUGCUCAUCAAAUAUCCGACAUGCUAGUAAAAUGUUUGAUUAACAAGCACGUGUGUUCAAUGGACAACUUUACAGAACAUUCAACCACAACCUACGGAAACUGUUAUACCUUCGCAACUGAGGACCCCAAAUCGAUGUACACAACAAAGGCUGGACCCGAGAGCGGAUUGAUAUUAGAACUGGACAUUGAGCACCGGGACUACAUCUACUUGUCUCCAACCGCAGGGUUAAAGGUCAUUGUGCACGGCCACGAUGAACGGCCGUUUCCAGAGGAUGGCGGAAUUUUGGCACAUCCAGGCGUCACAACAAGCAUUGGGAUUAAAAAGAACAAGCACAUGGCACAGCUCACCCUGUUCUCAGGCGAGCAGUACUCGUACACAGAAAACGCCUGCAGGAAAUCCUGCUUCCAGCUGGCUAUGUACAAGAGAUGCCGUUGUUGCGACGAAGACUUGCCGUGUGACGAUGACGCACUCUUUAAGAUGGCCGGAAUAAAUCCAGAGAAAGGGCAGACGGUACCUUACUGUGAAAUGGACAGUGAAACUGUUGAAUGCAUGAUACAAAUUGAGGAAGAUUAUUUAACCGACGGGUUAAACUGCUUUACCCGGUGCCUUCCGGCUUGCGAUAAGACCACCUUUGAAAAGGUUGUUUCCACUGCACUCUGGCCGUCUGAUCCUUACCUGGACUUCGUCUUGCAUAAAAUUAACGAAACUGUCUUGAAGAACAUGACUUUCACGACCAAGCUGGCGCUGAAACGUUUCAUUCAAACCAACUUUUUGAGACUGGAGAUCUACUUCGAUAGUCUCGAUGUUGUCGAAUUUAACACACAGCCCAAAUAUGAUUGGAGCAUGCUGUUUGGGGAUGUUGGCGGUCAGCUGGGGCUUUGGCUGGGGUGCUCUCUUUUAACUGCUAUGGAAGUAAUUGAGGUUUUUAUUGAUACCCUGCUCUUCUGGAUGCCAUGUAAAAAUAUGAGAAGCACGACCACACAUAAGAUCAGUUUGGAAAAUAAAGUAUAG